AUGUAUAGUGGAGAUGCCCGUAACAUCACAUUAGACUGUAUCAUCACUGCACAAUACCUGCAAGUACAUUUUCCAUUCAACCUCAUUGGCUAUUUAAAGAACCAUCUGGUACCAGCACAUUGUUUGAAAGUAUUACAGAUUGCAGACAAUGUUGAUGAACAACUUCACAGUGACACUCUACAGUACAUUCAACAGAAUUUUUGUCCGGAAGUCUACCUCCAGGAAGAAUUUAUUAAAGUGAGUUUGGAGAAUGUCAUAGAAAUAUUGUCAAGUGACAACCUGAAUGUGAAAUCUGAGGAGGAUGUUUUCCAUGUUUGUUACCAAUGGAUUGCAAUGAAUAAUAUCAAGGAUAGACAUAUCCAGCAGAAAGUGUUUGACUGUGUACGCAUCCCACUUUUGACAGAAUUAUUUACUGGGCAUGCUAGGGAUCUGCUGGAGAAUAUUGGUGUAGAAAUAAUGAUUUCAAAGCAAGACCAGCCACGUAUGUUCUUCCCAAAUGUGUGUGGAUGUUCCAAUGUAUCGUCACAAAUUACUCCGAGGAGAUCGAUGGUACACAAGUAUCUGCUUGUGCUCAGAGAAGCAAGACAUGUGGAAUCAGCAGUGGAAAUAUGUAUGGUGAAAAUGGAGGAUAACCCAAUAGCUCAUGAGUUAGUUUGCAGUGAUUCGCCCAAGGCACUGAUAGGUUUUUGUACAGUAUGUGUUGGUAACGACUUCUACGUUAUUGGAGGAUGGGACUUGAAUGAAGAGUGCCCCUGUUGGUGUAUGUGGAAGUUUGAUUUAAUAAAGCACACAUGGGACCAACUUCCAGCUUGCAUAACCAAACGAGUGAAUGCUUCAUGCACCUUCUCUGGUGACUUGAUAUACGUUAUUGGUGGCAGGCCAUCAGUUGAUGAUCAGGAUUCAGUCUAUCACAGUUUUGAAAAAUACAAUAUUACAACUUCAACCUGGACUGCUUUAAACGCUUUGUCUGAGUUUGCUGGUUUACACAACCUUUCUCUUGCAGCAUAUAAUGACAAUCUGUUUCUUCUAAGCACUCAUAAUUGUGAUGAUACUCCAAUGAAUCUCUACCAAUACUCCGUGAAUGAAGAGUGUGGACUACCAUGA